AUGACGUCGCCGUUGUUGUCACCGUCUUCAUCUAACCGUAGAAAACGCCGUCUCACUCACUUCUCCUACACCGUACUAGCUUUCAUCCUACUCUCCGCCUUCAUCUACGGCCACGAUCUCGUCUCUUUAUCCCGCCGAUCUCUUCACUCUCCCACGAUUUUUCCCCAAUCCGCAAUCCUCGUUGUUGCGGACAAACCUCCAUCUCCUCCACCACCAUCUCCUCCGCCUCCGUCUCCUCCACCGCCAUCUCCUCCACCGCCGGCUUUUGCGGUGGGAAAGACGCCGGAAGGAUGCGAUGUGUUCAAAGGGAAUUGGGUCAAAGACAAGUCAACGCGUCCGUUGUACCGAGAAUCCGAGUGUCCCUACAUUCAGCCGCAGCUCACUUGCCGCACGCAUGGCCGUCCCGAUAGCGACUAUGCUUCCUGGAGAUGGAAGCCUGAGUCUUGCUCGCUUCCCUCGUUUGAUGCGAAGCUGAUGCUGCAGAGCUUAAGAGGGAAGAAGAUGAUGUUCAUCGGCGAUUCCUUAAACAGAGGAAUGUACGCUUCUCUGAUCUGUCUUCUCAAUUCACAAAUCCCAGAAAAUUCCAAAUCCAUGGAUACAUUUGGUUCCCUCACCGUCUUCUCCAUCAAGGAUUACAAUGCAACGAUCGAGUUUUAUUGGGCACCGUUUCUUCUUGAAUCGAACUCAGAUAACGCUACGGUUCACAGAGUAACAGAUCGGAUUGUGAGGAAACACUCGAUCCAGAAACACGGUAGGCAUUGGCGAGGCGCUGAUGUAAUCGUGUUCAACACUUACUUGUGGUGGAGGACUGGCUUCAAGAUGAAGAUCUUGGAAGGUUCGUUCAAGGAUGAGAAGAAGAGAAUUGUUGAGAUGGAAAGCGAAGAUGCUUACCGAAUGGCGCUCAAGACUAUGGUUAAAUGGGUGAAGAAGAAUAUGGAUCCAUUGAAGACGAGGGUGUUCUUCGCUACUAUGUCCCCUACUCAUUACAAGUCUGUAACUUCUUCUUAA